AUGGUCAUAGCGUCUACUGAGAAACCCAUGUCAGGGGCCUACGUUGAUAUCAUCAAGGUUGCGCAGCAGAUCCAGCAUCUCGCUCAUUUCUUGUCCCAAGGGUAUCCCAUUCCGGGCAUCCCCUUAUCAGAUAACGAUCUCAAGACCGCGCGCGUGCUUAGCCCCGUCACCAACAUCACGUCCCACCGUCGACACUCUGAUUUGGAGUUUCCCCGAGAGUGGGUUGAAGAUGAUGGUGUCUUAGCCACUGCACUCCGUGAGUGGAGACGAGCAAUUGACCCGACCAAACUGAGCAAUACAGCCCCUGUGGAAGAGAUUCCAGUGCAGAUCAAAAAUACUCCGACAGAGACUGACAUCGAGGCUGACGCGAAUGUGUCGUUCAUGUCAUAUUCAAUGAAGCGAGAGGCGCACUGGGAUGCCAAGAUGAAGGAGCUUGAGAGGAAGCUCCGACAAUGUGAGCAAGAGAAAGAGUCUGUUUUGCGAGACAAUCUCAAGCUACAGCGCGACGUGGAAGUGCUUCAGCGCAGGUCGGAGUCUUUUCAUCGGGCGCUUUUUGACCCCGACAAUAGAAUCCACGAGACUAACAUGAAAGCAAAGGUGAAGCUCCACGCAGAGAUUCGGGAACUUAAAAAGUCACUUCAUGCAUCCGAGACUAAGAAUGAGUCCCUCGUUGAGAAGAACAAGAAGCUGGAGUUAUCUAACAAAGGUCUUGUCACUGAGAACGAAGAGCUUGUUAAGAAGACCGAAAAACUGGAGUUAAGUAAUUUCGAUCUUGUUACUGAGAAUGCAGCCCUUGAUGCGGAAAUCAAGGAUCUAGACUCAGAUAACCAAAUUCUUAUUACUAUGAGCCAGGCCCUUUUGGAUAAACGUGCAGCCUCUAGAGAGGCUGCGAAAAACUACGAGGAGACUCUCAUUGCAGGGAACCAGGCCCUCGCGAUGAAACUUGCACACUUGGAGACCGACACCGAGCGUUGUGCCGCGCAGGCCAAGGAUCUCAACGAGAGAUACGACAAGUCUGUGAUGGUGACAGAGUCUUGCGAGGAGAAACUUGCCAGACUCACUGUGAUGGUCAAUGACUUCGAAAGCAGUAAGGAUUUCCUAACUGCUAGGAACAAUGACCUAUUGGUUAGGGAUGUAGCCCUUGGUGAUAAGAGCAAGCGACUCGAAGCAAGCCUUGAGAGAAUCGUUUCAGAUGCGAAAUGUUCACUAGGAGUCUGA